CUGAAGCCCCCCCGGCGGCGGCGCUGAAGCCGCUCCGACCAUCCCGGGCGGAGACGAGAGAGGGAAGGCGAGUCAACAGCCAUGGGCUCUGUAAGGGGAGACCACUUCAAAGACAUCAGCCCUGUGAUAACGCCAGAGGGAAACGUGGUGAUGAGCUUCAGUUUUGACAGCUACCAGUUGGAAGAAGAGGAGCUCCAGGCAAAAGGGUGUCAGACCAAAGGAGUCCUCACCUUCAUGGAGCCGGGUACAGCCUGUGAAGACCCCGAACCUCAGGAUCGUUACCAUGGUAUUUAUUUUGCUAUGCUACUCGCCGGAGUUGGAUUCCUCUUGCCCUAUAACAGCUUUAUUACAGAUGUGGACUAUCUUCAUCAUAAGUACCCAGGGACUUCUAUUGUAUUUGAUAUGAGCCUUACCUACAUCCUCGUGGCCUUGGUAGCUGUCAUCCUCAACAAUGCCCUAGUGGAGAUGCUGAGUCUCCACACUAGGAUCUCUGUAGGGUAUCUGUUUGCUUUGGGGCCCCUUCUCUUUGUUAGCCUCUGCGACGUCUGGCUGGAACUUUUCACCCAGCAGCAAGCCUACGCCAUCAACCUCAUAGCAGUGGGCGUGGUGGCCUUUGGCUGCACAGUGCAGCAAUCCAGUUUCUAUGGCUACACCGGGAUGUUGCCCAAGCGCUACACCCAGGGGGUGAUGACGGGGGAAAGCACUGCUGGCGUGAUUAUCUCUCUCAGCCGCAUCUUCACCAAGCUCCUUUUAUCUAAUGAGAAAGAGAAUACCAUCAUCUUCUUCUUCAUCUCCAUCAGCCUUGAGCUCACAUGCUUCAUUCUGCACCUCCUGGUGAAACAGACGCAGUUUGUGAAGUAUUACACAGCUCGUUCCCGAGACGUGGCACCUGAGUUCAAAAGGGCCGGGGACCAUGGCACUGGCUACAGGGUUCACCAUGACGUCACUGCAGAAGAUGUCCGAUUCGAAAACCGGCCUCGUGGUCCAGAGGGCUCCCCUCCGGACACCUUCGUGCAGGAAGGGGAGCUGGUUGGCAGUGGCACCUAUAUGAGGUUUGACGUCCCAUCCCACAAAGUGAAAAGGAGCUGGCCCAGCUUCAGAGAUAUGAUGCUCCAUCGCUACAUCGUUUCCCGGGUGAUCUGGGCAUACAUGUUGUCGAUAGCAAUGACUUACUUCAUCACGCUGUGCCUCUUUCCUGGACUGGAGUCAGAAAUCCGGAACUGCACCCUAGGGGAGUGGCUCCCAAUCCUUAUCAUGGCAAUCUUCAACCUCUCAGACUUUGUGGGCAAGAUUCUGGCUGCCUUGCCUUACGACUGGCGGGGGACCCACCUUCUCAUCUAUUCCUGUCUGCGAGUUGUCUUCAUCCCGCUGUUCAUCAUGUGCGUGUAUCCCAACGGGAAGCCCACCUUUGGUCACCCGGCCUGGCCUUGCGUCUUUUCCCUCCUCAUGGGGAUCACCAACGGCUACUUUGGCAGCGUACCCAUGAUCCUUGCAGCUGGCAAAGUGAGCCCAGAGCAGCGGGAGCUGGCAGGUAACACCAUGACCGUCUCGUACAUGACCGGGCUGACGCUGGGCUCUGCCGUGGCCUAUUUUGCAUACAGCCUCACCAGCACGUCCCACAGCACCUGCUUCCAUUCGGAAACCUACAACGGCUCAGUCUCGGCAGGGUUCUGAACUGGGCUGCUUGAGGCGGUUCUGUGCAGCUACGGGCAAGCAAGGGAGAGAAAGAGGAUAAGGUCAGUUGGCAUCCCUGCAGGGCUAGCCUGAGACGCUUUUGGUGCCUGAGGUGGAAAAAUCAAAAGGAGCUCCAUACUGACUUAACAUUGGCACCAGGAAGUUCUCCACCACAUGCAGUGCUGGACUGAGUGGGAGCCACCCACGUUCUCACGAGCAGGACUUCCUGGCAGAUUGUGCCCCUUGGUUCUGAUCUGCCUCCCGCUCCACCACCCUCCGUGGCACCCAGAAUCCGCAGCCUGAGGCAGUCGCCACUUCCCAGCCUUCUGUGUUUUAGGUGCCUGCCUAAUCACCAGCUGAAACCAUAAUGUUUUCCUCCAGCCUAACCAUGAAUUAUAUGAAGCAUUCUAGGUUUUGGAAACCUGGAAGAAUUGCCACAAAACUGGGAGGUGGGGGUGUUGAAUGGCCUGGCCGGUGGAUACACAGCUUUAUAUCUUUUUCCCUUGGUACAAAAGGGUUGAACAAGGAAAAUGACUGUCCAAAACUGGGAUUAGCAAUUUCCUUGGAGGUGAUUUGGGGGUACCUGGUAUGAAGCACUCAGACACCUCUGCCAUAAAACAGCCUUCCUAAUGUCGCUGUUCUAAUCAGGCUGGUCUUACCAACUUAUAAAUACUUCCUCCCAACAGAGGGGAAAAGAAUUAGAUGCACUUGGUUUUCAGUCUGCAGCAGUGAAGAUUUUCCUAGUCUGUACUCUGCUAAGAUGCAGAAGAUGGGCACGAGUUUGAAUGCUCAUCCCUUUAAGAAAAACAAAACAAAAACAACCCUUUCCUCCCAAAAUCUCUGCAUCUAAAACACUAGCAUGUCAGGGAAAACCCUUUGUAUUGCUAGAUUUCUAGGUGAGGGACAUUUUACAGACAGAGGCCCAAUUCCACAGGAGAGCUCCCUUUGCUUAUAGUUCUCUGCUGUUUGAGGUAGGAGAACAUGUUCCUUACGAUGAUCUCCAACUUCCUUUCAGGGUGGAAGAGAGCAAGAGGCAUGAAUUGCCUGCUUCCAUGGGGUCUUCUCAAAGGAUUUCAGAAAUGCUGAGGAAGGAUAAAGUGACAGAAGCCCUUGCUGAGAAGAGGAAGGGCAGAUCUGGCCUCCUCUCCUUCCUCUUGCUGGCCAUUUUCACACUGCUUAACAGCCACAGAUCAUCGCGCCAAGCUCCCAGAACGACAGCGUCUUCCUG